GUCACGCGUACAAUCCAGGAAGUAAGAGCGCAUCAAAACAACCGUGAGGACACGCCUGAUUUAUUGUGCUCAUUAUACUAAACAAAGUAAGUGGUUCACUAAACAAAAAGUGUAACGGUGAUAAUGUUUUUAUGUAUCACGAGUCAGUUUUAAGUUGAGAGGAUCAAUUAUAACGACAGACGCAAAUCGAGGCUAAGCUAGCUGUUAGCAUCAAGACGAGACGAGUAAAAUGGGAGUAAAAGGUCUUCAGUAUUUCAUGGAGCGCUGCUGUCCAGAGUCUUGCUUGACUGUCAACCUGGCAGACAUGGCCAGACAACAGAUUUCCUCGGACACCACGACCAGUCCCACACUUGUUGUGGAUGGGAUGGCCUGCCUGCGCCACUGGUACACCUGUAGAGACUGGGUGUGUGGGGGUCAGUGGAAGGAGUACAUGAGCAUCCUGAGAAGCUGGAUAGAGAGGUUUACUUCUGCAGGAAUUAAACUGGUAUUCUUCUUCGAUGGUGUGGUUGAGGAAAAGAAGAGACAUGAAUGGGUGAAGCGGAGACGAAGAGUGAAUGGAGAGGUGUGUAAAGUAUUUUGUUACAUUAAGUUACACGGAGAACAACCGGGAAGAAAUCUCUUCUGUCUGCCUUCUGGCUUGGCAACAUUCACACCCUUUGCCCUCAGGUCAUUAGGGCAAGAAGUAUUCAGCUCAGUGCAAGAAGCUGACUAUGAGAUUGCCUCUUACGCUCGUCGCCAUGGCUGCAUGGGCAUUUUGGGACAGGACUCAGACUUUAUCAUAUUUGACAGUGCUCCUUACUUGUCGGUGGCAAAACUGCACUUAGACAGCCUCACCACUGUCCUAUACGACCGGCAGAGGCUUUGCCAAGCCAUUGGGUUGUAUGUUAGCCAGUUACCGCUGCUGGCUUGUCUCCUGGGUAACGAUGUGGUACCAGGGGAGAGGAUGCACACUAUCAGGAACAAUGCUAUGGCAGCAUACAGAAAGAAAUGUGCCACAGCACCCAAGGAGCAGAUAGUCUUCGCUGUAUCCAUGCUUGUCAGCUCUUUGUGGGAUGCAGAGGAGAACGAGACUGGGCUUGUCCCUCAGUCUCUGACCCUGUCCACUGCAGACAGAUGUCUCCUGGAAAAGGGGAUUUGCUCCUAUUUGCUGCCUAUACAGGAAACUUCUCAGCAAGAUGAUGCACCUCCUCUCACCUCUGGCCAUGCAUUUGAGAAAUAUGUCAGUCCAGAAAUAUUAAAGGCAUGUAGAGAACAGCAUAUGUCUGCACAGGGUUUCAUGGUUUACAAUAUUCUGUGUAAUGGACUGAUUGAAUGUAGCAACAGUCUGGAGGAUGAGGAAGAGGAUGAACUGCUACCUCAGGCUGUGGUCUAUAAGACCUGCAGACAACACAUCUAUAGUCUGCUACUGCUUAGCAGGGCUAAUGACAGCGGAAGCGAGGAACUUCCAGCCAUCAGAGAAUGGUUUGUCUACCCAGGCAACCCUUUGAAAGAGCCCCAGAUGGUUCAGCCCAUCCUCGCCAGCUUUCCAUGUGAACGACCCAGUCUGGACGUUCUGUGGUUCGGUUCUGGACCUGACGUUUCCACUCUUCGUCUAACGAGCUUCUUUUCGAUAUUCAACUGCCAGGAGGUUGCUGAGUUGCAUGGAGCCAUCGAAGACUUUCUGCUCGCUGCUCUUUGUCUGGUUACCUACAUUGCCCUCCAGGUACCAUCUUUAUGUUCAGAGGACGUGGAUGCGUACCUGAGUCAGGCUGUGUGUCUCAGCCAUAAAUCUCCACAAGAGCUUCAACAGAUCAAGCUGCCAUUCCUCUGCAGUCGCGCGGUCCAGCUGGGCUCUCUGUACGUCCGAGGACUGAGCCACCUGCUGGGAGCCAACUGUGCCAGCGGUUGCCCGCUGCCCAGCGCCGCUCUCAUGCCUUGGCAUAGCUUUGACGGCCGGCUCUUUCACUCCAAGUACCUGUUGGCUCAUAGCGCCACUAAGGAAACUGUGCUGCUGGACAACAAUCCCAGUCUGUCUUUGUUUAUCCGACUGAGAGAGAAACUCGUACAAGUUUGCACAAAGAGAAGCAGAGUCUUGCAGUCCCGACCCAGAGCCAACGUGCUAGAUCAAAGUCACAGAACACGAUACAGAGAUGGACACAAAGGUGUUGAUGACAACUGGCGAGAGCGAGGAGAAGCAACAGCAGGAGGAUGGAGGGAAAGUGGACAUUUAAGUAGUGAAAACAGCAGAGAGACAGUGCAGCACAGACCAGGACACAGAAGAGGAGGAAGAGGUCAAUAUUUUCACUCUCACUUCCAUCCUCCCUCCAUCAAUGUGAACACGAGAUCUCGGCCUGAGCAGACUUACAGCGGAUGGCGUCACAGCAGGGGGAGAUACCAGGUGGCACCCAGAUGGGGUCAUCCUCCCGCUCCUGAGACAUUAGCCCACCCUGCCAGAGAGAGGAGAGGAGCAGAGGAUUAGAAGCACAGGGCUUGAGGAGUUAAGAGGGUAGGAAAGAGCUGAUGAAAGGAGUGAUGGAAUCAAGUUUCUCUGAACAAACUGAGUAGUGAAUUUGCAGUCAAGAAUGUUUGUCCAAAGGAUGUUCUAGGUAAAAAUAGAGGGGAUUAAGGAGAGAUUAAGAACUUUGAAACCAAACAUUUGUCAAUUUGGACAUGUUUUUUUUUUUCUUAAGAAAAAGUCUUGUGUGGUAUUUGGAACUCUACUGACAAACAAACAUAAACACACCACUUCAAAGGUGAACUAAGAAGAUGAUCAAUAGCUAGUCAUCUAACCCACAGGUGUCAAACUCAAGGCCCAUAGGCCACAUCUGGCCCCCGCGAUAACCUUAACCCUAACCCUAUCCUUAAUAAUUGUUUGCUAAAAUUUUAUAACAUUUUGACUGAAAAACAUUGCACCACAUGCAACUGCAGUUCUUUCUAACUCAAUAUUAUUUAAUUCAAAAUGCAGUUCUGAGCAUUUUUGUCAUUAAAAGUCUCUUUAAAAUAAAUUGUACAAUAGCUGAACUUAAAUAUCUGCUUGUCACUUUGAUUUCUACAUGCAAAGAAAGUUUUCCAUCCGUUUGUUGGCAUCCAAUAUGUGAAUAUUCCAAUGAAGGGGCAAUUGUGUAAUAGUAUCAUGGGACGAUCAUUCUGUACAUUUAUAUUGUUUUGCAGUUACUAGCAGGCCCUUGAGGGUAGCCAUAACUGUGCUAAAAAUGAGUUUGAUGCACCUGAAACCUGUUUCUUUUAAACUAAGGGAAAAAAUCAGAAUGUUGAGACUUAUUACCACAAGUCCUCCAGUAUCAUGUAUACACUUGUCCCAUGUAAUACUCACUACUACGUUGUUGAUUUAUUUUACACUUUUCUAAACCAGGACGUAUGACAAUCAAAUAGAAAAAUAUAUAAUCCAAUUAACUGUUGUCAUUAUAAACCAGGGGUCCCCAAACUCGUGGGCCGCAUUGGGUUAAAAGAAUUUGGCCGGGGGCCGGGCUGUAUAUGUAUAUAUAUAUAUAUAUAUAUAUAUAUAUAUAUAUAUAUAUAUAUAUAUAUAUAUAUAUAUACAUUUUCUUUUUAAUCCGUUUUGACCUUUAACAUUGUCACGUUAUCGAUGGGAAAAUAAAUUUUUAGACAAUAUGAUUUGCCUGAGCGGCUAGGAGACACCGAGAGUAACAAGCGAUAGAAAAUGGAUUAGAAAGGAAAGAUUAAAGAAAAACAAAAACAAAAAACUUUUUUUUUAACUUGGGACUUCCCUUGGGCCGGAUUUUGGAUGCUUGGGGGCUGGAUCCGGACCGCGGGCCGUAGUUUGGGGAUCCCUGUUAUAAACCAUCCAUUCAUCUUCUUCCGCUUAUCCGAGGUCGGGUCGCGGGGGCAGCAGUCUAAGCAGGGAAGCCCAGACUUCCCUCUCCCCAGCCACUUCGUCCAGCUCUUCCCGAGGGAUCCUGAGGCGUUCCCAGGCCAGCCGGGAGACAUAGUCUUCCCAACGUGUCCUGGGUCUUCCCCGUGGCCUCUUACCGGUCGGACGUGCCCUAAACACCUCCCUAGGGAGGCGUUCGGGUGGCAUCCUGACCAGAUGCCCGAACCACCUCAUCUGGCUCCUCUCGAUGUGGAGGAGUAGCGGCUUUACUUUGAGCUCCUCCCGGAUAGCAAAGCUUCUCACCCUAUCUCUAAGGGAGAGCCCCGCCACCCGGCGGAGGAAACUCAUUUCGGCCGCUUGUACCCUUGAUCUUGUCCUUUCGGUCAUAACCCAAAGCUCAUGACCAUAGGUCAUUAUAAACAAUUUAUUAAAUGUACAGACAAUAUGCAUAAUGCAUAUUCUAUAUUCCUAACGGUCAUGCCAGUGUAAAAAAAAGUUAAAUUGUGUAACCAACCCCUAACUGCUUUGGAUGUAAGCACUCACAUUUAAUUAUUUUUUGUUUACUGUAUUAUUGAGACUUAGCCAUAGUGUACUGAGCAACCCAGACCAAUUAUAUGGUUGUUACACUUUAAGCGUGUGCCAUCACUUUUUUUACAUUAUGGCACAAAUAUAAAGUAGCGACCAUCUCAGCUACCUGCAACCAGUGCUUAACGUUGAUACUGUGCAAGUAACAUCUUGUAAAUAAAGCUUCCUGACAAAUA